AUGAUCGUCAACCGGGGGAACCCCGAUGCUCUGGGAGUUCGAAGAAUCAAGAAGACACCAACAGUGAUCGUGUUGUUUGAUGGACAAAAGGUCCCCCAACACGUCCUGUGUGAUGGUGUUCGAUACCCAUCUUACUUGUAUCGCAAGCAAGUGGACGUGUGCUAUGCGUGUGGUGAUCUGGGCCACUGGUCCGAUGUUUGCCCCAAGGGCGAUGACCAAAAGAAAUGCCGCGGAUGCGGCGUGCAGUCACCGUCACCGGAUCAUCAGUGUGAUCCCACGUGUGCCAUCUGCGGCGGAGCGCACCCAACGGCGGACCGCAAGUGCAAGAAGCGCUUCCAGGUGCCGUACAUCUUGCGCCAAAGACGGCGGCGCCGCCGAAGGCGCACGCGGCGUGGUUCCGACACAGCUGGUGCCCAAGAAGCAAUGUUGGAAGAAGAACCCUUCUCCAGCCCUCAUCGCGGCAGAUCGGCAUCGAGAGGACGCUCCCGCUCCAGAGGACGCUCCCGCAGCAAAUCACGCUCUCGCUCCAGAGGGCGUGAUAAGGGCAGCAGCCGCUCCCGUUCCAGAGGAUGA